AGUCGUUCACCGUUAAAUGAAAGUCUUGAAAAUCUCCAAUAAACAUUUCUCUGACAGUAUCUCAAGUUCAUUUGCAUAUUGUUCUCGUGGAGCUCGACUCCGUCUGGGCCCGCCCCUUGCUGUUUGACGUCACACACCUCAGUCUUUACACAUGGUCAUGUUCAUCACAUAUUUUCCCCAAAGCAAACUCAUACAGAUACACGCGCAACUGGGUGGAAUAGAGUCAGAGGAAGAGCUCGCUUCACUUGUUUUUAUUAGAUGGUAUUGCAUUUUUACCUUUUAUACAUUACGUUAACAAGUUCAUUUUAUAAAAUAAUAUUCGGGAAAGAGAGAGAUCAUGUCCCGACCGCUCGGCAUGAAUCCGGUUUUCCUGCCUCCGCAAACUAACGGCGUUUUGAAGGCGCUCCUGGAGAAACCCAUGAAACUUCCUCUGCGCCAAGAUGAAGACUAUGUGAAGGAGAGAGAUAAAAUUAAAAGCCUAGAGGACGAGGGAUGUGCUCCGCAAUCUGCUUUCUUGGGGCCAACGCUUUGGGAUAAAACAUUGUCUUAUGAUGGGGAUAACUUUCAGUUGGAGUAUAUGGACCUUGAGGAGUUUCUGUCUGAAAAUGGUAUCCCUUCAAGCCCUGCACAACAUGACCAAAGCAUCCAUCGCCAGCAACAACAACAACAGCAGCAACAGGCUUCAAUGCAACAGGGCCCCAUCUCAGUCAUGGAUCUCAGUAGUCGGGCCAUCAACUCCAUCCACACAGGCAUGGUUCCUCAGGAUUGCCUCCACAGUCCAGUUUUGCCUUCACGUGAUACGCCAAGUCCGAUAGACCCAGAGACCAUUCAGAUACCAAUGAGCUAUGAGCCGGAUCCAGCAGACCUGGCACUCUCCAGCGUUCCUGGCCAGGAGAUGUUCGACCCACGAAAGCGCAAGUUCUCCGAAGACGAACUCAAACCUCAACCUAUGAUCAAGAAAGCACGCAAGAUCUUCAUUCCUGAUGUAAUGAAGCAGGAUGAAAAAUACUGGUCACGACGCAGAAAGAACAACAUGGCCGCCAAGAGGUCACGGGACGCUCGGCGACUCAAAGAAAAUCAGAUUGCCAUCCGGGCUGGCUUCCUAGAGAAAGAAAACAUGGCUCUUCGGCAUGAAGUUGCCGACUUACGGAAAGAACUGGGGCGCUGCAAAAACAUCUUAACGAAGUAUGAAGCACAGCACGGCCCUCUGUGAUGAUCUGGGGCGUAUGAGGUUCCUGCAUCCCUGGCCUUUCCAGUCUAAAGGACAAUAUUGUUGGGUUAAGGUGCUUUUCAGCCAGCCCACACAUCGCAAUCUGUUUAUGGCACUUUAGAAGGCAUUUUGUGUUUAUUUGAUACGACUUUUAGAGAACUACCCACUCUGUUACUAUUUAUUUGUUAUUGCAAAGAAACCCAUCAUAGUUUGCUCUUUGUGUUACUUUUCAGAGUGUACUAAACGCAUUAUAGUUUCUUGUAGCAUUUCAGUUAUAACACAGACGUUUUGCCUUGAUUUGUUGUCAUUUAUUAAUUUCAUGUGAUUUCAAAUCCAUAAUGUUAUCUGCUGUAUGAGAGUGCUGCAGUACUGUGCAUAGCUACUUAGGGGUUCAGGUGUGUCAAAGUUUUGUGUUUCUGUAAAGAUGUUAUUCUCACAGACAGAACAGAAUGUAGCAAGUUUAAAAUAAAUACGAGAGUUUAAGAUAUUUAAAUAUCAAACUCUGAAUGUCCUCAUGAGAGCGCACUCUUAAAAAUUAAGGUGAUUAAGAGAUAGUCAUGCCAUUUUUGGUUCCUCAAAGAACCAUUCCGUAAAAGGUUCUUUGAAGUACCAUUUCUUUUUACCUUAUAAUAUGAAGAGUCCUUUAUCACCACAAAAAACGUUAUUUAUUAAUAAUUAUUACAAUCGUCGCAUUAAUUAUUCAUUCGUAAUUGUUUUUCAUUGUAUAAGCUUGAAUGAAGUCACAAGUUAUUGUUCAGUGAAAUGAUCCAGCUUAUUUUCUUUCUGAAGCCGAAAGUGGAUUGUGUGGUGAAUGAAUUCUGGGAACUGUACUAUGAUAAUCUAAUUAUGAGAUUUGGAGCAUCAAAGUUUGCUUUCAAUUCUUGAAAUGACCUUACUCAGUAAAUAUUAAUAUAUAUCUAGGUUAUAUUUCACACAAUGUUCUUUACAUUAUGAAAAAUUAUUUUAUGGAGAAAACAUUAAAUCACGUAAAUGUUUUCACAGGCAGGUAACCUUUUUUUCGUUCCUUAGAAUUGAAACUGUGAUCAAAAGAAAGCACAUUGAACACACAAGACAAACUUAUAUGUUGAGUAUAUUGAAACAGAUGAUGAUGUGUUGCCUUUUGCUGGUCAGUUGUAAAAUGAAUGUAAGUACAGUGUAUUUAAUGUCUAUUGUUUUACUACGACCAAAUGAUAUAAAAUACAAUAAGGUUUUAUUGUUAUAUUGAAAUUAAAUGUUUUUACAAAGUUAUUUUUUGUACAGUAUUUUCAUAUGGACUUCUGAAUAUUUAUAAUUUAAUGUUUUAAUAUCAAACUAUAUUAAAGAGGCAACUGUAAACAUGUGACCAUACUUUCUUUAAUUUAAAGUCCGGGCACUUGUAUAAAUUACAUUUGUGUAAAAUAUUUUUUUGUUUUAUAUUUUCUUGCGUUGUAAAAUUAUAAUGUCAAUACCUUCAAUGUGUUGGUGGUGAUGUACAAUCAUGACAUAUAAUAUUUUUUUGCCAAACUUGGCAAAAGAACGCCUUUUAUUAGCCAUAUAAUGUUUAAUUGAGUAUUUUAACAAACAGAAAUGUCUUUGAUAUGAAAUAUGUUAUAUUGGAGCAUGUUUAAUAUUGACAUUAAUUUUUUCUUCAGAUAAUUAAUUAUUCAAUUAUUUAAAACAUGUUGUCUGUUGUUGUCCUUUUUUAGGUUCCUUUCUCUUGUUUAAUAAUCAGUUUAAUAAAAGCUUAUUUCUAGUGAUGAAAUGCGUAAUAUGCUCAUUAGGAAACAAAUUUGUUUCAAUGUAGUUCCAGGGAUGUUAGAUAUUUAGACUUUUACAUGUUACAUAACUA